UGCAAUAUCGUGGGCUGUUUCCUAUAGUGAGUAGUGGCUCGCACGAGGUGGCUUCCAGUGUCAGGGCCAAGGAUGGUGGUGGUGUUGUUGGUGGUGGUGGUGCUGGUGGUGGUGGUGCUGGUGGUGCGGUGCGAAUGUAGGCCAGCUAGCUUUAGUCUCGUUGUGGCUGUGGCAGUUGGCGGACCAUCACGCUCUCGCUCUCUCCUCUUUGGGUUAUUUUUAUUACUACUUCUCCAACGACUGUUUCUAUUGUGACUGCUUCUUCAAAUGAAAUAAGAACUUUUUUCUGUGCUCCGCCGCGACGCCACCUCGAGUGUCGGUGCUGUGGAUCUAUUGCCUCUUGAGACUACUCGAUACUAGCCAAAGUUCCAGAAAUUAAUAAGAGUGUUUAAGCCAGUGGUGUAUGUGCAUCCCUCUGGACGACAACCAAGAGAGAUCUGAGGCUGCAGAGAAGACCCGAAGGUAACAUGUGGUUAUGAGAGUGUGGGGAGGCCCCGCCUGACGCUCUAUGAUGCUGUCUUCUCGCUGACUAGACCUACACCCUUCAUGCGCCACGCCUACAGUCACGGCUCAAAACACGAUCCACCCAGGAGUCCAGAUGAAAUUCUACCCUCAGCCGGCGGACUCGCCUGAUGGUGUUCACGCGUGGGUUCAUGAGGACCUGCUUGAGCCCCGAUACGGUGCGCACUCCACGGAUACCAAAACCACCAUGGACCCACUGGAGUCCUUCCUCUGUGACCUACCGCCACCAACCUCAACUUUCGCAGAACUCAAACCACUCGAACCACUGGAUUAUUUGACAGCAUCCCCUGACACCUCUGCAUCUUCCCGCCACGAUACGUCGUCCACCUCUUCUAAUUCACCGGGCAGUCAGUACAAGGGUGCCAUCACUAACAGCAACACGUUCUUGGGAUAUACCGGAACCCCUGAACCAGUCACAACCACUACAUCGCCACUUUCCUCCUCCCAUAAGCAUGACCCGCACCAUCAUGGCUACUCAAUAACACAAGAGAUCGACGACAUCGCUUCCAUUAUAGGCAGCGCCAUUGCUGAUAACAACAUCAACACCAGCAUCAACAACAUUAUGCUUCCUGAAUCUCUCGAGCCUCUCAAUGCACCUGAGUUCCAGGAUAUUGAAGCAUUCUUCGAGAACAUGAGUGGAGGAGUUAAGGUGGAGCCUGCGGAUCCUUUAAUAAACUCCUCUAUGUCACCUUCGGGACAUUCUCCAUCCAUGGCGACGCAAGUGCCUCAGCCGUCCACCACCACAGUCAGCCAUAGCACUAUACAUUAUGCCAACACCCCCACCCACUCACCCAUGUUGACGUCGCUACUGGCGGCGGGAGCAGUCACCAAUAAUAACUACCUGCAAGGCUUGGUUUCCGAGGCACAAUAUAAGAACGAAAUAUCUAUGCCUAUACUACAAGCGCGUCUCACACAAGGACUUAAGGAUGUUGGAGUAGGACUCCUAAAAGCGGAUCCGAUGUUUGCACGGUCUCAAUAUUACUCGCAUAAAGACGCAAUGCCGCACACUACAGACCCCACCAGUUUUGCCGUCACUACCACAGAUGAUCUUUUUAUAAGCAAGUUCGAUUCAAGAUCUUACUUAGACAAGAUUCAGCUGGCCUCGCCGGAGUCCACAGACUUAUCCUCCACCAAAAUGGGCCUCGACUUCCCGGGGAUUAAAAACAAGAACCGCAGCCGUAUGAACAAGAGUACAAAACUUCCCAUUACUACAGAGGGAACCAAAGACAAGCCCGUCCACCGGUGCACCGUCUGUAACCGCGGCUUCCUAAACAAGUCCAACAUCAAGGUUCACCUGCGUACUCACACGGGGGAAAAGCCCUUCAAGUGCGAAACCUGCGGGAAGGCGUUCCGACAAAAAGCCCACCUGCUCAAACAUUACCAAAUUCACAAGCGCGUUGCCAGGGACUAACUGUUCCUACUUACUCC